AUGGACGAGGAUAAUGCGAUCGUCUGCACUGGACUGAACAGUACCUGCAAUCUUAAUUUGGAAGCGAUGAGGAGCAUGUUUUUCCCAACAGAUUGCCAGGAUGUGCUGUUCGAUGUGAGGUUCCGGGGAACCGAGUACAACUGCAGCGAGAUCUUUCAUUACUCGAUCACCGAGAUGGGAAGCUGCUUCACUGCAAAUAGCAUAUACGAUCAGUGGGUAUUUGUGACCGUCGAAACGUACAACCAUCCCGAGGUCAGGGACGAGCCUGUGGAAAAGCGAAAGUGCCGAUUUCCCGAAGAACGAAUGUCGCCGACGAUGCCGUACAGUUUCUCUCAGUGUUUUCUCUACAACAGGAUUCAAUUCGAGCUCGAGCUGUGUAACUGCACAAUCCCUACCUCACCGAAAGAGUAUGCACCAUUUUAUUGUGAUUUUCAAGGUCUCUUGUGCAUAAAUAAGGUUAAUGGCAGGCAGCUUACCAAACAGUUGCACACGUUCUAUAAGGAUCGAUCCUGUAUGCAAGCCUGCGAGUCUUUGGAAACAAACGUUAUAGGUGAAUUUUAUCGUUCAGCAGAAGGCAGCAAAAGUCCCGGAAAAGUGGUGUUGGAGGUAAUCAACUUUCCCAUCCUACGCUACCAACGGCGAGUCAUAAGAAACAAUCUGGAUUUUGUAGUUUCAUUGGGAGGUAUCGGCGGCCUGUACUUUGGCGUUUCUCUGAUAAGUCUAAUAGAGUUUUUGUAUUCGGUGUUCUUCAAGCCUUUCUAUCUACGGGUUCGAUUGGUACAGAGAUAG